GAGCGGAGCCGCCGGCCGUGCCUCGCAGCCCGGGCACCCCGCAUCCCCCGCCCCGCGGCCGGCCCGGCCCCGCGCCCACCGCCCGGCCAUGGAGCGCCGCACCCGGCCCGCCGCCGCCGCCGCCUGAGCAGCCCGGCAAGCGGAGGGCAGGCAGCGGGCGGGGGCUGCCGAGCCCCGCCGCUGGAGCCACGGGACCGCCGCGCUGCGAGCGGCGGCUGCAGCCCGCCGAGGGCUCUCCCUCGCUUUUCGCGAUUCCUUUUUCCUGCCCCCCUUCCUCUUCGUUUUCCUUUUUUUCCUUCCCUUUUUUAUUCCCCCCCCCCCCCACCUUCCCUCCCCACCGCAUUUUUCCGCCCGCCCGGCUCUGCGGCCGUGCUCGCUUCCCGGAGGAAGGCACCGCGCUUGCCCCGGCGCCCGAGGACAGGGGCCCCGCGUCCCGCCGAGCCCCGGGCCCCUGCGGAUGUGCGAAGCUCUCCUCCGGCCGCCGUGCUCCCGCCGGGCGCAGCACCUCUUUGUCCUCCCGCACCUACAGUUUUUCAAUCCUGAUUCCCCUUAAGCAGACCUGAACUUAAACCACCGGGGUCCGGGAGGGGUUUUGCGGGGGGUGGGCCCAGCGGCGCUGCCAGACCGACCCCUGCCCAUUUCUCCUAAGGAACUCUCAUGGCUUCACGGCUGCAGACAAGUUGCCGUGCAUCUCGGUGGACUAUCGGAGUUUGCAUCCUGGCGGCCGCGCUCCUACCAGGGCUGCAAGCUCAGACUGUCUUAGUCAAUGACACAGUCUCGGGGUUUAUCGGAACAGACGUGGUCCUGCACUGCAGCUUCACCAAUCCGCUCCCCAAUGUGAAGAUCACGCAAGUGACGUGGCAGAAAGCCACCAAUGGCACCAAGCAGAAUGUGGCCAUCUACAACCCUGCCAUGGGGGUCUCCAUCCUCUCGCCCUACAAAGAGCGGGUGACUUUCCGGAAUCCAUCCUUCAAAGAUGGCACCAUUCAGCUCUCCCGGCUAGAGCUGGAGGAUGAGGGAGUUUACAUCUGUGAGUUUGCUACCUUCCCAGCCGGCAACCGGGAAAGUCAGCUCAACCUCACUGUGCUGGCCAAGCCCACAAAUUGGAUGGAGGGCACCAAGCGGCCACUUAUUGCUAAGUCUGGCAGGACAGAAAAGAUCUUGGUAGCUACCUGCACCUCCUCUAAUGGGAAGCCUCCCAGCACUGUCACCUGGGACACCAAGCUCAAAGGGGAAGCGGAGUUCGAGGAGAUCCGGAACAGCAAUGGCACCAUCACCGUGAUCAGCCGGUACCGGCUGGUGCCGAGCCGGGAAGCCCACCGCCAGCAGCUCAUGUGUGUGGUCAAUUACCAGCUGGACCGCUUUACCGACAGCAUGACCCUCAACGUGCAGUAUGAGCCAGAAGUCACUAUCGAGGGCUUUGAUGGCAACUGGUUCCUCAACCGGAAGGAUGUGAAGCUGAUAUGCAAAUCUGAUGCCAACCCCCCAGCUCACACCUAUGAAUGGAAGCUGCCAAAUGGGACUCUGCCAGGGAGCGUGGAAAUCCAGAACAACACCAUCUACUUUAAAGGGCCCGUCUCCUACAGCGUGGCUGGCACCUAUGUCUGUGAGGCCUCCAACGCCAUCGGUACCCGGUCAGGGUUGGUGGAAGUCAAUGUCACAGAUAAGCCACUACCUCAGGGUGCCCCAGGAGGCAUUAUUGGGAUCGUGGGAGGUGUCAUCGCAGCAGUCCUCAUCAUUGGCGUGGCUGUCACCGUAAUUAUUGUCUACAGGAGGCAACAAAAGGACCGCACUGAAACAGACAACGACCUAAUCGACUUGCCUCCAUCCCACAAACCUGCCCCUCCACCAAAGAGGAAACAGGAGAUGAAAAGCCACCUGACUGCAGAAGACAUCCAGGUUGUUCACUUAGACAACAUGAAACACGAGGAGGAAAUCCAGAAACUCCCUCUGCAGGCUCCAUACUACGACAUGGCAGCCACCGAGCCCUCUCCCUACACUGACAAACUGAAUGAGGAUCAAGGUCUUCGUAGACGUAACGAGCGAGAGCGGACAAACUUUGGAAAGUGUCACUCAGAGGUAUCGAAUGCGAGUGAUUACCUGACCCGCUGCUACUCACAUGAAGAUCGAUAUCUGGAGAAGAUCCCUCACGUUUACACCCCUAUGUCAGAUCUUCCACAAGAUCUUUAUCCUCAUCAUGCGGACAUCUCCUUCUGCUGCCCACCUCCUGGCUCCCGGGCUCCUUACAUCUGUCCUAAGGAACAGUAUGUUUAAACCAUCAACACUGCAAAAUGAAGAAGCUGAUGUUUCUCACUUCUCCUGGGCCAGUUGCUCAACAACCAAGGCCUUUUAGAUCCCUCCUUUGCCAUCGCUUGUUUCAUUUAUGGCAUUUGAAAUUGGGGUGCGAUUGUAACUGACAUGGUUAGGUUAAGUAUCUGCCUGGCUUGCUUAUGCUCAAGGGAACACUCUGCCAUCGCCCACAUCACAUUCAGUACUUGCAUCUUCCUUUUCUCACCCUGGCCCUCCUGCAUCAAGCUAGCUCUGUGCGUGCAUGUGUGUGUGUGGGUGACAGCUGCCCUGUGUUGGAUGGGAUGUGCCCAACCUGAUUCAAUGCCCAUAGGUUCCCUUGUGCCAGUCUCUGCACUGUUUGCACCAGAGUAGCUGGGUGUGGAUUCUUCACAGCCCUUGUUUCAGCUUGGGUGAAGUUUUACAGCACAGCCAGUGCUAAAUCUGAGGCUGUAGCAGGGCUUUUCCCCCUCCUUUGCAGAAAUUUUUUCCUCCUUGGCAAUGGGGACAGGAAAUCCCUGUUGUGAAGAGCUAAACAGCCAAGAUUGCUGAACCAAAUAGUAAGAUGCUUAUAAUGAAAGAUGCUCAAAACCAACCUAAGAAUAGAGACAAGGUCUUGGUUUAGGGGUUUUGUUUCUCUCCCUUUUCCCUCCUGCUCCCACUCCCAAUAUCUUGGAUUGGCUCUUUUAAAUCCAGAUGGCAUGGGGAUAUAUUUUGAAGCCAACACAUUUGGAGAAAGCAUCCUUUAAAUAGCCAUCUUAUAACCCAAAACCCAAAGGGAAAAAAAUAUAGGAAGGAAAGCAUUCUCUCUAAUUUUCCUUUUCAAAGCCUAAUGUGACCCCCCACUAGCAUUUCCCCCUCUCUUCCUUGCAUCUGUUGAUUGGAAUUUCAGAACGAACUCAGGCAGAAUAUAAAGAAUAAAUCACAAUUUCAGGUAAUCCUCUUGCUCUUAAUGAAGGAUCAAAGCCAAGAGCAGAAUCUGGCCUUUUAACUUUUUUCUAAAGCAUCUUGGUUCUUGGGACUACAAAUCUUUUGAUACUGGAAUGCGUGUGAGUGUGUAAACGCGAACGUGUAUAUUCCUGUGACCACAAAGUGUUUUAAAGAAUGGAACUCAUCUCCACAUCACAUUUGUGUUCACUUGUAUUAGAGUAAAAAUAAAUAUAGAUGCACA